GGAAGUCAACGGAGUCAUCAGUGAGGAUGAAGCUCCGUAUGAUGAGUCGUCGUCUUUGCUCGCAAGGCAGAAAGGUGGCUCGAGCUAUGGGCCUGCAAGCCUACUUUCAAGUAUAGCCAACCUAGACAACACGAUCAUUGGCAGUGGGAUGCUUACCUUCCCCCUCGCAAUGGCUUCAUCAGGAAUUAUACCAGGGAUCUUCACCUGCAUAUUCUGUGGCUUCGUUGCUGGUCUCGGCUUGUUCUACCUCUCACGAUGUGCGAGCAAAGUUCGACCGCAACGCUCAGCCUCGUUCUACAGCGUUGCUCAGCUUGCUUUCCCUGCCGCCUCCCUCUUCUUUGAUCUGGCGAUCGCGAUCAAGUGCUUUGGCGUGUCCAUAAGCUAUCUUAUCAUCAUCAAAGGGCUAAUGCCAUCCGCAACCAAAGCUGUGUUCCAUGCGAUGAACUGGGGAGUGGUGCCUCCUGUCUUGGCCAGUGGGAGAUUCUGGGUCACACUCAUCACCGGCAUGCUGGUCCCUCUAUGCUUUCUGAGGAAACUGGAUAGCUUGAGACACACCUCAUACGUUGCACUCUUCAGCGUUGUAUACUUGCUUCUUGUCGUCAUCGUCUGCUACUUCAAGCCACCUCCUGGAAGUGUGCCUCCUGGAGAGAUACAUUUGAUCAAGCUUGAAAAGGAUUUCAUUUCCACAUUCCCUGUUCAAGUGUUCGCAUUCACAUGCGCUCAGAACCUGUUCCCAAUAUACAACGAGCUUCAUACAAACACACAACCGCGUUUGAACCUCGUAAUCGGCACCGCUGUGGGGGGUGCCACGGUGAUCUACGAGAUCAUCGCUAUCUUCGGGUACCUCACGUUUGGUUCGCACGUUGGCGCCAACAUCAUUGCGAUGUAUCCGGAAACAACACUGUUUGUCGCGGUUGGGCAAGUGGCCAUUGUGGUCCUUGUGCUGUUCUCCUACCCGCUACAGGUGCUACCGUGUCGGAAUUCCCUCGAUAAGGUUUGGGACGAUGCAGACAAGGUUGUGCAUAAGGUAGACCGUGCCAUCGAGGGUGAGGAGGAUGGCGGUAUUGAGCCUCUCCCUAUUCAAGUACAUGAUGCACACGACCCCAGCCAGAUGGGGCUCAUGAAGCAUAUAUUGCUGACGUGCAUCAUCAUUGCGGGGGGAUUCAGUAUCGCGUUCUUCGUGGACGACUUGCAAUUGGUGCUAUCGUUUGUGGGUUCGACGGGUUCGACUACGAUCUCGUUCAUCCUCCCUGGCCUGCUUUACUUCCAGCUCUUCCGACGUGAUCGCGACAGCACCCCACUGCUCAAGUGGGGCGCUCUAGCCCUCGCCAUCUACGGGACGUUCAUCCUCAUUUUCUGUCUCUCGUUCAAUAUUUACAAGGUAGUGAGCAGUUCAUAGAGCGAGGGCGCGCCAUCAUGGAACAUAUUUUCUGGAACAGGGACUGUAUUAGAUAGGAUGCAGUUUGAAAACAGGCACACAGGCCGUUGUUUUGUACGAAAGCCUGCGCGGAGCCUGAAUAAGGUUUCGGACGGGGUUUGUGAGCCCAGAUCUUCACGGGAGCCGUACCGACUGGGAUGUACGAUGGUUCCCGAGCAUCCGGCGAAUCUCAUAUUCUAAAUUCCAACCAGAGGCACGCAUCAGAGAGUGCAGAAUUUGGUAUUUUCACAGGAUCUGCAAGGUAACGUCGUGAAUCAGUGAAGUGGUUCAAUUGAAUCCUGUUUGUUCACUUAUUGAGCAUAGAAAAUGGAAGCUGCUUCUCCUAUAAGUAGUAGAAGG